GCAUCACAUGACCAUAUAUUUUGUUCCCGUGAUCAAAUUGAGAAAAUUCAAAAAUAAUUACGCGCAAUGGCCAAAGUGGAAGUUGAUAUAGACAUCCAUGAAAAUUCUCUUGAUAUAGAUAACAGUGAUGAAAAGGAGUACUUGGGAAUGGUAGAAGGCGGUCCUUUCGGAAGCGGCGACUGUGAAAGGUCCCAGCUAGUUACACAUACGUUUCUUGAUGGCAAUGACGACGAUAAUAGUUCAUCUUAUAACUUCAGAGACUUGUCUGGAGCUGUGACUUAUAAAUUGGUACAGAUGACUGGAGAAGAAUCUUCAAACAUGGCAUCUAAUUCACCUACACAUGUUCUUCCUAAUGGAGAGUUCUAUGUAAUAAGUAAUCCAGUAGAAGUAUUUGGUGCGUCUGCUCAAAAGAAGGUUAUUACGAGGCGACAGCCAAUACAAGCUAAAGCUGUGACAGCCAGAAAGCGUGACGACAAACGGCGAGCCACUCACAACGAAGUGGAAAGGAGACGGAGAGACAAAAUAAACAGCUGGAUAACAAAGAUAGCUGCGAUGGUGCCUAACUCUGGUCACCCAGAUAGUGCAAGCAAAGGGGGAAUUCUUGCUAAGGCGUGCGAUCACAUCGCGGAGCUUACGGAAAAACAGAAGAAAUUAGAAAAGCUAGAGAUUGAUAAUGAUAAACUAGUAUUAGAAGUGUUGAGGCUGAACCAAGAAUUAUCGGAACUAAGGAAAGAAAACUCUUCCAUGCGACUGCAAUUGGCUGACAAUUGUAUCGUCGCAAACUUACAACAACGAGCAAAAGGACAAAAAUCUUAGGAGUUAAUAAAGACUAUUAAAUUUGGUGCUGAAGCAAUAGUGUUAGUGGCAUUGACUAGAUUGUGUUGAACUAGUGCAUUGUUUGUGGCUAUCUAUGAAUAGAAUGGUGGGUAUUGCAUUCUAUAUCAUUGUCAUAAUACAUGUGAAUUCAUAGCGUUUUAAUAUAAAUAAAUAAAUAAAAUAAAAUAAUUGUUUGCUAUAAGCAAAUCUAGGAUGGAUUUAUUUAAAUUGAUAAGAGUAUUGUUUUUUGAUCAUAUUCUAUGAUAAUACAAAGCUUAGAGAAAGUGAAAAAGUUGAGUAAGUGGUUCAAUUAUAUAAUGUCAAAACACCAAUUAGUGUAAGAGAAAAUAUUCCAGAGUAAAUAAUGAAAUGUUCAUUGAUAUUUCCUAAAAUGCAUUAAUCCACAAGCUAUUUUUAGUAUAGACACUCGAGUUUUUACAGGGCAUCUAACCUAACUUAGUCACUACUUCAUGAAUUAGACCACUAUUAUUUCAUUAAACGGUUAAGACUUAAAAGCCGAGAGCUUCUUGUUGUGUUCAUUAAUAAAUAUGAACGCAAUUAUAUUUAUAGAAUUCUUAUAAAUCGUAGGUUGAUUGAAUGUAGAAAUAAAAUUCGAUAACCAUAUAUCAUAAAUGAUGGAUGGUCUUUAAUUUAUUUUUUGUGAAUCUAGGAAUCAUGCUUUUUUUGUUCUUAUUUUUUUUUGUAAAACAACCAUAAUAUUAAGUAAUCAGUAUUUGUUGUAAAAUUAGUUAUAUUUUUAUACCUGUUACUAUUAAGAUUAUUGUUUUUUUUUUUAAAUAUAUAAUUGAUUUCUCAUGUCAAAAAUUUUAAGCCAAACCAAACCAGCAGGUCUGAUUAGAUGACAAAUAGCUUCUGAAAGUUGAAAUGCCUUCAAGUUUCUGUGAUUGAAUACUAAAUGAGGCACUAAUGUUAUUUAUAUUUAAGAACUUAGUUAAUGUUAAUUUUGUACAUAUUAUUAUAAAAUCUAUUGUUUGUUCCAUAUCACUUGAUAGCCCAAAAGCACACGAAUGAUAGAAUGAGAGAAUCAUAUACAAAAUACAUUAGUGCUCUUGGGUCCAAACGUUCAAUAAAAAUUAUACGACGUUGUAGAA